AGCAGCAAUGGCAAUGGCCGCCUCCGAUCAGCAACUACAGCAGGCCCGCAGCACCCGGCACGGCUUUGAGGAUGAGUCCCGGUGGGUGGAGCUGAUCCGGGAAUCCCUCCGGGAGGUUUCCGGGGAGGAGGACGACGACGGCAUCCCCGUGUCCGUGUUCGACGUGCCCAAGCAGCUGCUGGUGCACAAGCCCGAGGCCUACGCGCCGCAGUUCAUCGCGCUGGGCCCCUACCACCACUGGCACCCUCACCUGUACGACAUGGAGCGCUACAAGAUCGAAGCCGCCCGCCGCGCGCUCCGUGCGGCCGGCCGCAGCCUGGACGACCUCGUGCGCGAGCUCCGGCACCUCGAGGGCAAGGUCCGCGCUCACUACCACCGCUACCUCGACUUCCGCGACGGGACGCUCUCGCUCAUGAUGCUCGUGGACGGCGCUUUCCUGCUAGAGUUCCUCACCAUCCACCACCACCACGCCGCCGCCGCCGAGCCCGAGAGGCUCGCCGUCUCUAACUGGACGUCGAGGAUGGCACACCUCAUCGACCUGGGCGGGACCGGGCGGAAGUCCGCUCACAGCCUCAUCCUCCGUGACAUGCUCAUGCUCGAGAACCAGAUUCCGCUCUUCCUCCUCCGCGAGAUCCUCCAGGCGCAGUGCCACUCCCAGUCCGUCGACGAGUCCACCGCGCGGCUCACCUGCAUGGUGACGGGCCUCAUGAAGGAGCUCUGUCCGUUCAAGAUGGAGGGCAACUUCCCGGAGAAGCAGAUCGAGAGGGACAUCGCCAAGCACGCGCACCUGCUCGAGCUGCUGUACCACCUGCUCGUGCCCAGGCCCAAGCCCUCUGCGUCUGAGAACUCCGCCCCGGCGUGGUCUGGCCCCGUCGAGGAUGAUAUCGAGGAGCAGCGACCGGACGGCGAUGGCGGCCAAGAACAAGAAGGCGAAGGCCCUCCCGCCGGCACCGGCAACGAGUACGUGAUGCAACUGCUCGCCGUCAUUUUGAGCAUGGCGUCGAGGCUCAAGGGCGGCCGCCUGGGCCACGUGAUCGAGUUUGCGGCCAAGGCGCCGUGGAAGAUGCUCGCCGGCAUACCCGGCAUCUCAGGCUUGUCCAUGCACGCGGACGCAGACAUGAGCCAGGAGAUCGCGAUCCCAUCGGUGACCGAACUGGCCAGCAGCGGCGUUCGGUUUAAGCCGACCAACGGCAACCUGUCCACCAUCACCUUCAACCGCAAGACGGCGACGCUGCACCUCCCGGCGGUGACCCUCGACUGCAACACGGAGGUGGUGCUCCGGAACCUGGUCGCCUACGAGUCAUCCGCCGCGUCGGGCCCGCUGGUGUUCACCCGAUACACGGAGCUGAUGAACGGCAUCAUCGACACCGACGACGACGUCACGCAUCUCCGCAAGCGCGGCGUGGUGAUCAACCGCAUGAAGAAGAGCGACGGCGAGGCCGCCAAGCUGUGGAACGGCAUGAGCCGCUCAGUGCAGCACUCCAAGGUGCCGGACCUGGACGCGGUCAUCGACGACGUGAACCGCUACUACGGCCGGCGGUGGAGCGUCAAGGCGAAGCGGUUCAUGCGCAAGUACGUGCUCAGCUCAUGGAAGAUGCUCACCUUCCUCGCCACCAUCAGCAUGCUGCUGCUCACCACCUUGCAGGCCUUCUGCUCCGUCUACACGUGCUCUCGGUGGUUCACUGACGUCGUAGUCACGGUCACGCCGACGCCGGCAGAGUAGAUCGGUACAGGCGUGCGUUCCUUGACCACGCUAUAGUGAUCAUGCUGUUGGAUUGUUUGCACCCGUUUUUUUUUUUUUUUUUUUUUUUUUGCCGGCGAGAACAUCGCCCUGGCCCCCUCCGUCCGUUGAUCCGGCAACCAAGAGGGAGGGGACCUUGGUAGGAGUAGGAAUAAGUUUAUGGUCUGGUCUCUGGUCGUCGAUGGCGAGACGAUGAUGUUGCCUUUGACGUGGACUAAAUCAUAUCAUCGCCUCCUCUCCUUGUGUCACCGAGAGGCGGCGUGUAGAGGGUGGUGUGUCCUCAGAUCUGGUUCUAUGGAUCUGGUUUUGCUUGUGCAUGUCUGUCUCGGUGGCGUUGUUCUAUGGAACGGAAUUUUCCA